CUGUAAAACAAAUGGAGUUAGUCACUUCAAAACCUCAUUUCUUAGACCUUUGAUAUGAUGUAGGGAUAGCCCCAGCCUCAAAGAUGACUCACUGAGACAUACGUACACACAUGUCUUUUGUUUCAUUUCACACUUGAAGAAGUGCUGAUAACUCUGAUUAUGGAUGCUUAGGACCCUCCUGUUCAAUUCACCUUGCCAGGAAAUUAAACUAAAGGGGUUUCUUGACACAGUUUGGUGAUCAUAUUUAAGGGAAUGACUUGAGAUUCUUUCUAGUUCUUUCAGCAGAAGGCUAUCUGAACAGGCCUGCCUUCAUCUGAGCUUCAGACAUACUCUCGGACUGAGUUUCAGUCUCAAGCAGCUUUUCUGAGUUCUGCAACUUUGACACUUUAUUCUCCACACCCAAUCCCAUCACCUUUGCAAAUCAGGAAGUGAGAUGCAGUGUGGUCUGGGGCUUUCUUUUGCUGUUGGCCUUCUGAGCCCUAAUGAUACAAAGCGGGAGCUCAUCUCAUUUUGAGACAAGUGAGCUGCCACUUCCUGUGUUAAGGUAAGGACCAUGAUUAAGUGAAUAUGAGAGCUUAGGCACUCACAUUUGACUCAAAACUCCAAUGUUGUCAACUGCCUGUUAUACAAAGGCUAGCAUCCUGCAGCCACAGGCAAGAUUUGAGGCCAGCAAACUACUCGCGACAUUGCUUGAAUGGCCAGAGUCAACAAGGGAACACUGACAUGACUUGCAGCACUAGAAGACAAAGAAGAUCAUGAUGCAACCAGUCACCAAGACCAGUGCUCCAAGAAUGCUCCACCUUCUGUCAUUUUUGCUGGCAUCAGUAAUUGACCAGGGAUCCUCAAGUCUGGUUUGCUUAUUCAACUCAGUAGAGGAUCUGACAUGCAAUUGGAUCCCUCUGAAAAAUGUAACAAAUGCGCCAUGCAACAUCACUGCUUUUGUCGACUAUGGAGACUCAAAUAAAAGUAAAACAUUCCAGCUGCAUGGUGCAGGAACAAAGAGCUAUCGUCUAAUCCUCAAAGAUUACAACUUGAUCCCUGGAGAUGAUAUUGUCUUGGAUGUAUUCUGCCAUAAUGGAAAGAAGUGGGAAAAUGUUGAUCAUCUGACAAUGAAACCCUUUGUGAACAUUCAACUUGAUCCUCCUUUGAAUGUCCAAAUGGAAAACAUCAGCAAGCAUUCUUGUAUUUUAACUUGGGAGCUCAAUGUUCUCUCUCAUUACUUAACAGACAAACUAGAAUAUGAAGUCAAGUACAAAGUUUACAAUUCUGGUGAGGAUGACAGAAUCCUCCCAAUCCUUCAAGAUCAGAAAUGGGUAAAAAUUGAGAAUCUUUCUCCUGACACUCUGUACGAGGCAGCUAUUCGUGCAAAAAUUCAAAAAUCUCGUAAUUACAAUAGUACUUGGAGCCACUGGAGCAUAUCAACAACAUGGAAGACCAAACCUACAGAACCUCCAAACAUUCUUCUUCCAGUUCUUCUUGUUGGAAGUCUAGUCAUUGUCUGCAUCAGCAUUACCGUGUUGGGCAAAUCUACACUGUUAAAAUGCUUGAAGAAGACAGUGAAGAUCCAGUUACCAAAUCCAGAUGAAUUCUUCCCAUCUCUCAAUGCUGUCCAUGGAGGAGACAUCCAGAAGUGGUUGUCCCCUGUAACAUCCAUAGAUGCUUUCCACAUUGCUACUGCACAUCCAGAGGUCUCUGUGCUUGAGAUAAUGCAAAAGGAAAGCCAAGAGUCUUCUCCCCUCACUCGCAAGGAAUACAGCACAAAUGUAAACACACCAGAGACCAGUGGCUAUUCCUCAUCCAGCUGUUUUUCCAAUGGUGGCUAUUUCUUCUUCCAACAUGAUGGCAACUCCUUUGGAAUUCAGCCCUGCAAGGUGUACUUCACCUAUGACCCCCUUGCUCAGGAAGGCAGUGGCAGUGAGGAUGCUGACUCCUGCUCCUAUAAAGUGCUCCAUGAAACAGUUGACAAUAGCCAGCUGUCACCUACCUACAAUAUUAUGGCAGCCCAGGAGAACAGUUCUUUCCUACAAGAAGCAAAGAGCCCAACCCAGACAAGUGAGGGUGGAUCAGGAGAUUUUUCAUCAUUGGAGACCAUCUCAACAAAAUCAAGUGUAGAAGAGGAUAGUAACCAAAAUGCUAUUGUGCUCUCCAGGAGUCUAGGACAAUUUUCCAUGGUUUAUUCAAGUCUCCCAGAAAAAAUUGAUACAGGUAAUAAUGGCACUGAAGUAGUCCAAAAUGUGGACCUUCCCAUCAGCUCUAUUGAAGAUGAUAGUUCUGCCUUUCUCCAGUCCAUUAUGCAGAAUCAAAGCCAAGUCAAUGUUCCCUGCAGAGCAGCAUCCCACAGACAAUUUUCCACAUCCUCCGAUGGCUAUCUGUCCUUACGGGAUCUUCAGAGCCAUUAUAGCCAUCACUCUGUUUGAAUUUUUCAAAGAGGCAGACAAAAUCUGUCACCUCCAACCUAUCUGUUCCCCAAUGCCUGUUCCCCAAUGCCAUAGGCAUAAUCUUCCUCCCCCUGCUGUUAUGCUGGCAUAAUGCACCAACAGAAUUAUGGUCCCAGGGCAGUGAAUUUUAUGCAUGUGAAGCACAGCUUCAAGUGUACAGAUAAGUAAGAGGCAGAAACAGAGCACAAUAUGUUGGAAGAGAAAAAUAAUAGCUUAGCUGCUAAAAGUGAUCAUUGCCUUUUUGUAAGCUACUUUAACUUAGUUCAUUAAGGAAUGAAAGUAUGGAUUUUUAAAAUAAACACAAGAUUAGCCCAUGUAGAGUACUGCUAAGCAUUUCCUUAGAUGACCAAAGUUUGCUCCUGUAAUGAAGUCAUGGGAAAAUAGCUACUAAGGAGGUCAUAACUCUUGAUCCUGUAUUCAUCAUUCCCCCUUCUGUUGCAUCUUUACUGUAUUAGUACCCAUUCUUUCCUUUUGUAUAUGCCCCUUUGCAGGCAUGUAGCUGGGGGGGGGGGGGGGCUUGAGGGGCUUCAGCCCCCCCCCUCGAAAUUCUCAGGAUGGUCCGCGAGAAGGCCUUACAUUUAUUAUUUAAACUGUUAUGUUUAUUCAUAUCAUGAUCUGCUCACCAUGUUCAAUAUGUCCCAUAUGCAUGGGGGUAUUGGGAUAAUGAUACAAAAGGUUUGCUAGGGUAGACCUUCUCCCGCUCAGACUCAGCCCCCCCCCCCCCCGAACCAAAAUCCCAAACCCUCCCGAAACAAAAUCCUGGCUACGGGCCUGCCCCUUUGGGAUGCACUGAUGACUGGCUGAUUCUUUACAAUGGAGCUGAUGGCUCCCAUUUCAAUAUGCUCUGAGGUUCCUUCCAGACAGACCCAAAAAUGCGGGGCCUUUGUUGUUAUCUUUCCCAUCUGCUGUUCAAAAGAAGUUCAACCAAUGCAAACAAACAAAAACCUGUAGAUAGAACACUUACUCAUUAUCUGCUUAAUUCAAUUAGAAUUUUAACAAUUUACGUACAUUUCCUGUUUUUGCUAGAACAAAGAGUAUCGGAAAUAAUUGUGGUUAGCUUAACAAGUACAAAACAAAAGUGAGACCCUGCACUGGAGAGAUAGUGCAAACACAAAAAAUAUGUCAUGGUGUGCUACUAUAUAUUCAGGACAAAGUCCACUUUCUUCUGUUGUAGCAUUUUCCACUGUGAAAUUCAGUCUACAAUAUACUCUUUCAUCAAACAUGUUUUACAUAGCAGGGGUCUCUUACUGGCAAGCAAUUUGCCUUUGUUUUACAAUAAAUGCAAAAGAUUAAAAACAUAACUAUGAUUUUUAUUCAAUCUUCAUGUGAUUUCAUUCAUGUGAAUAGUGCUUUACAAUGAGUGAGUGCAUAAGUGGACUGACUCUCUGAAGGGGCCAACAGUUGUAACAGUUUUAAGAUAUUUAUAUGUUUUAAUUGUUUAUUGUUUCCUGCUUUAUAUUGAUGUAUUGUAUUUUAUGUUGUUAUAUGCGGCAUUGACUAUUGCCAUUUGUACGCCACUCUGAGUCCCCUGCAAGAGUGAGAAGAGAGGGAUAUAAAUAAAGUAUAAAUAAAUAAAUAAAUAAAUAAAACACCUUUUAUUGUCUAAGAAAACAUACAUUUUUAUAGAUACAAAUAUUGUAAGAAGAAAAACACAGAAAAAUAUGAAGACUACUUAAAUAUAAAUCUGAAACUGUUUGAAAGAAUGCUACAAAUACAAUAUUUAGUGUGGAUUUAUUUAUAUUUUCAUGCCACAAUGAAGGUUAUUUGACCAUGCUCACAAUUACAUUUGGUGCAUGAAAUAUUAUUAUACCAAACGAUUAUACUUCUGCUGUACAUUGCUGUAACUGGGUGCUUCUGCCUGGCAUUGUUAUGGCAUUAUUAUGGUACUGGCAUGUUUACAUCAAAGGAGGGAGGGAGCAUGGAAAAUGUCGAUUGAAUAUUUAUGUCUCCAGGACAAAUGAUUUGGCUUUGAUUUUAGACUCAGAUGCAGAUCUUUAUCUAUUCUUGUAAACUGAGGUCAUCCAUCCUUGCUGUUAAUUAUCUGACUAUUUCCCUUAGGCAAGCAAUGGAAAAAGUGGACUUAAUCUAUUUGACAAUUUUUCCCAGGUUCAUGGUACUGCUACAUAAUAAACUUACUAGGAAAAGCAGAUGGUAUUUUUAUCCUUCAAACCAAAGAAGCCCAUCACUAUUAUAUUCCACUCCUUAUUCUGUUUUGUUUCAAAUCAUCCUUAUUCUGCUUUGUUUCCAAUUGUUGAUUACUUUGUCAUAUAUCUGUUCAUUCUUGUUAUCUAGUAUACCUAUUAGAAGCUUGUCUAUUUUAUUUAUUGGGAAUUUAAUUUGCCAUUUUUUUCCAACAUUCCAAUGAUGAGAUCAUUGUAACCCCUUUAAUUUCCUUUAAUGGUUUAUUAUCCAUCCUGUCCUUUAAACACAAGAAACAAUCCCAACCAUUUAUUGUUUCUCAAUGCCGACCCAUCUAUUAGACUCCUUGAGAUCUAAUUGGAGUACAUUCAUUAACUGGCAGGCCUCAAAAUAACUCUGUAAGCUAGGGGCUCCCUGUCUUCCAUUUUCUUUUGAAGAGUAGAGUGUUGAAUUGGUGUUUCUACUUUUAUUAGCCACUUCGUCCCAAUUGUUAAUAUAGUUGUCCCAUUUCUUUAUUAUUUUGUUUGGGAUACUGUAAGGUAAAACUUGGAAGAAGAAUAAAAACUUGGGUAAAA